AUGGUUCACAGUGACAUUGAGAGUAUUGGCGAAGGAAUCGACAUCCAAUUUACGGAUGGGGAGUCUGAACCCGAAGGAUCUGCCACAAAGUCCGAUAUAGACUUUAUAGAUACACGAUAUGAUUUUAGCGAAACAGACUGUGAACAGAGUUAUGUCCCUACCGACACUGAUAUGGAGUCUUCCAUAACAUGCUCGGAAGAUAGCACAAUCCAAGUAAAUGCCACAGGAGAUUAUGGAGAGAUCUCAGUGCUUGAUGAAAGGGAAAUCGAUAAAGAAGAUGGACCAGUGACACAACUGCUAAUCAGUGGCUGGCUAGAUGAAGAUAUUGCCAACCAGAUCAUUGCAGGCUUGCCGGGAAACGGCAUCAACUACUGUAUUGUUAGCGUGGUGCUUUUGGACGACCUUGACCUAUCCCUACACUGGCAAGCUCUGCACUACACGAAACCAAGAACUACUACAAUAACCCCAACUCUGCACGGACCACAGGGACAAGUUGCUAGCUCAAUUGAUGAGAAAGAGGCUCUGGUUCGGGAGAUAGCCUUCCCCCGGGCACCAGGGGUCAGCGAAGUCCCUGAGGUUUCCCAAGGGUCCUGGCAUAACCAAGUGGAUGAGAAGAUGGUUAGACAUGCUCUAUUUCACCAAUCUGUCCAGAAGGCACCAGGAAUUGAUAGGCUUAACUUUCGGGCUCUCCGGCUCCUAUGGGACUGGGAUAGUUCUAGAAUAGUUACUCUCGCUCAACAAUGUUUCCGACUGGGACUACACCCGCCGACAUGGAAGAUAGCGAAAGGCAUCUUGCUCAGAAAACCCAAUAAGCCAGAUUAUUCAGCGGUAAAGGCUUAUCGGGUAAUCAGCCUACUCAAUUGUCUGGGAAAGGUCAUUGAUAAGAUAGCAGCAGAUGCAAUUGCUAGUCAUUGUGAGACAACAGGAGCCCUACAUCCAGGACAGAUGGGCAGCCGCAAACAACGAAAUGCUAUAGAUGCAGUAGCAUGUCUGAUACAGACCACCCAUGAAGCCUGGAAACUAAAGCAGCUUGUAGGAGCGCUAUUCCUUGAUGUAAAAGGAGCAUUUGAUCAUGUCAAUCCAGACAAGCUGAUAAAACGAUUGGCUGAAUUAGGCUUAGAUGGGGACCUGAUCCUAUGGGUACAGUCGUUCUUAACUUACCGGUGGGUUCAGCUACAGAUUGACAAUAUACAGUGUCUACCACAGCCUAUUGAGUCAGGGGUGCCACAAGGCUCACCGGUAUCCCCUAUUCUCUUUAUCAUAUACCUCAGCGGCAUUUUUGAGGUAAUAGAAAAAAGAGUACCAGGGAUUCAGUGUAUUUCAUUUGCAGAUGAUCUAGGUCUGACAGCCUCGGGACACUCUGUUAGAGGAAUCUGCGACAAACUGCAAGAGACAGCCCGGGUGGCUAUCGAGUGGGGACAUGAGAAUAUGGUCAAAUUUGACACAGGAAAGACAGAGGCAGUCCUGCUUACCCGCAAGCGUGGCCGUACACUCAAGGAUCAGAUUCAGCGAGCCCGCAUAGAAUUAGGAGGGCAGUUAGUUCCCUUUAACUCGGAAGCUACCAGAUGGCUUGGGGUAUGGCUCGACUCCGGCCUAAAUCUUAAGGCGCAUUAUCAAACCUGCAUGCGCAAGGCCCGGGCUGCGGAGGCCCGAGUGCUACGAUUAUGCCAGAGUCAUGGACUUGCCCCAGGACUGGCACGCCAGGUGCAGGUUGCGGCAGUACAGUCAACAGCUCUUUACGGGGCUGAGCUCUGGUGGCAGGGUCAGAGGGAUCGACAGGAAGGUAUACAACUGAUGAUCAAUCGGCAAGCUCGAGCUAUUACUGGCAUGCUAAAAACUACUCCAGUUGGUCCCUUGGUCCGGGAAGCGGGACUGAUACCAGCUGAGGUCUUACUAGAAGCCCGGCAAUUGGGAUAUACAAACCGACUGCUUGGGUUACCAGAAGAUCAUCCUGCUAAGAAAAUCCUUCCAGUGAGCUUUCGAGAGGGAGACCAACACGCCCAGCCCGGCGAACAGACCCCGGGGAAUCGACAGUGGGCAGAGGGCAGUAGUCGGGGACCAUGGUCACUAGGACAACACCUAGCCCGACAACUAGCCAACAUCCUGCCAGCAGAUCCAUCCAGUGGCUUUGAAAGCAUGUUACAACCAACCAGUAACUGUUUCCCGGGUGUUAUAAAGAUUCCGCCUAGUCAGGAGGCCCUGAAAGCCGCACAAGCUAUUCCCCGUGGACAGGCUAUCUGGUCGGACGGUUCAAGCUUUUCACUGGGUAAAGGACAUGAGGUCUUUGAUGCCGAAAUUCUAGGAGUGGUGCGAGCUCUACAGAUGGCAAAGACGGUAGGAGGCCAGGGACCGGUAACAGUCCUAUUAGACUCCCAGGCUGCCAUUGCCAGGCUGCAGCAUACCCAAUCAGGGCCAGGACAGGCCCUAGCAGUGCAGGCGCAUACAGCUGCCCAGGAACUGCAAGCCCAGGGUCGCGAACCCACCAUACAAUGGGUCCCAGGGCAUGCAGGGAUAGAAGGAAAUGAAAGAGCUGACCAGGCAGCAAAACUGGCCGCUAGCAGACCUCCAGGAGCUGGUCCAAGGGAGAUCUCUUUGGCCUUUGCCCGCAGAGCCCGGACAGAGACUAUUCAGGCACAAAGACAAGAAUGGCUUACCAAGGAGCUCAAUCAGCGAUCUCAACAGGCCCAACAAUCCUACAGGCCAUACAAAACUUGGCAAAUUGACCCAUUAGCCGCAGUGGCCCCCAAACACCUGUCAAGCCGCUACUUCAGCUGA